AUGGACGCGAUAUCUGACCGAGUCUUCACGGAGACUACUCUGACGGAGACCUCUAAUGAUGACCCGUCACUUUUGACGGUCAUUCUCGAUGUCUCACCAGCUGGUUGGUACAGAAUCCGAGAUCAAACAUCAAUCGACGAAUUGGCCAAGUCACUUUUAGUUUUCAUGAAUGCCCAUUUGUCACUCAACAAUUCCAAUCAGGUGGCAUUUAUAGCGAGUACACCACAGAAAUCGAAGUUCUUGUUUCCUAAUCCAGAAAUAGACUACGACGAGAUUCGAACCAGUUCUUCUAGCUCUGGUUCUGCCUCAAACCAGCAUCAGAAAACACCUACUUUAGUAUCUAAGGACAUGUAUAGACAAUUUCGAGUUGUUGAUGAAGCUGUUCUCGAGGAGUUGAACGUGGUUUUCGACGAAAUUGCUAAUGGGAUACAAGAUAUAAAUAAUAACUCUACUCUAUCCGGAGCUCUCAGCAUGGCUCUAACAUAUACAAACCGAAUGUUGACUCUUGACCAACUGAUUUCUACAACUACGGCUUCAGCCAUCAACUCUACUACUAGUAUGGGAGCAGGUUCUGGGUCUGGAAACACAGCUACCAAUUCUUCUACCAGCAAUCCUUCCAACAGCAUUACUUCUAUGAAAUCGCGUAUUCUUAUUGUCACAGCCAACGACGAAGACGAUGUCAAGUAUAUUCCCGUGAUGAACUCGAUCUUUGCGGCUCAGAAAAUGAGGACUUCCAUUGAUAUAGCCAAGUUGGGCUUUGAGGACUCGUCAUACUUGCAACAAGCGGCGGAUGCUACUAAUGGGAUUUACUUCCACGUUCAUGAUCCUCGUGGAAUUGUGCAGACUUUGACUUCUGCUUUUUUCAUAGAACCUUCUAUCAGACCGUUCAUCAUACUCCCAACCAACUCUAAUGUCAACUACAGAGCCAGUUGCUUUGUCACCGGCAAAUCCGUGGAUAUAGGCUUUGUUUGUUCAGUGUGUCUCUGCAUCAUGAGCAAGAUUCCACCGUCUGGCAAAUGCCCGGCCUGCGAAUCGGUGUUUGACGAAAAGAUCAUAGCCCAGUUGCUGAAAGGUCCUUCUGUUCUUUCCAAGAAGAAGAGAAAGAUAGAUACGAAUGGUGCAGCCAAAUAG